GGAACGCCCGUGGUGGCCGUGCCAGCACAUCCAGGGCAGAUCCCAUAAAAGGACUCUCGGCACCGGGUUAGGCAGGAGGCAGGAUGAGGCCGUGCCAAGUACUGCUGCUGCUGCUGGGGCUGGCCAGAGCCACCACACCGGAGCCAGAUGGAUCCACACUGGGAUCGGCUGGAUCCAUCCCAGUGUCCCUGCCAGCGCUCUGGACCGUGAGCUAUGAGGACGCCGUCUCGGCAGCCGUGGAGCUGCUCAACACAAGGGUCAUCACUCCCUAUGUCCUGCGGCUCCGGGAGGCGCAGCCCCAGCCCGGCUGGCCUGGGGACCUGCAGCGCCCGCAGGAGCUGAGCUUCAGCGUGGAGGAGACCUCGUGCCGGGCACCGGGGAUGGCCGCUGCCACCUGCAAGAGCCGCUGGUUUGGGGCAGUAAGCUGGUGCCAUGGCUACGCCUUCCUGGAGCAGCAGCAGCCCAUGGUGCAGCUGUCCUGCGAGAAGAUGCCCAUCACGCUCGGCCUGAUCCGGAAAUCCGGCGUCAAGAACUUUCUCGGCAGGAUCCAGGAGCGAUUCAAGGGCUUCUUCCAGUGCAGCCAGGUCUGGAUCCACGACAAACUCAACCUGAAAAAGCCCAGAUCCUGAGCGGGUGAUGCCGCAUUCCCCCUGCCCCGUGAUCCCACCCGGGUGCUCCGAUUCCA